AUGUCUUCCAAUACGAUAGCGAGUGCCGCCGAAUUUGAGCGGAUGACAAAAGAAGAAAAAUUACGUUUCUGUCAAGAUCUCAUAAGACAAGCUGCUAAUUUGAAGAAAUCAUCACGUACGGAUGGUAGUGUACGAUCCAAAAGUAAAUCUAAUAAACGAUCAACUUCGAAAAGAGCAAAAAGUCCAACGUCAACAUAUCACAGGCAUUCAAAAUCAUCAGCAUUACAACCUUCUGAGCAUACUCCGAUACAAGCCAAGAGUAAAAUGUCUCCUUCGCAAUCAAGUGUGAAAAGCGGUACCCGUUCAAAUUCAAAAAUAGGCGGUACGCAUACUUCAAAAACUAAUCAGUCCGAAGCAGAACAUAGACCGACAUCGAAAUCUUCAAUUCAUAGUCAUAAGUCAACGAGUAAACAUCAUCCGGAUGGAUCAAGUCUUAUGCGAUCUGUUUCGCAUACUGCUGGUGUACAUGCUAAAUCACGAACGAAAUCGAAACCUAAAGCACGUAGCCAUAGUCGACUGAGACGCGGCACCUCAAGAGUUCGUUCUGCUAGUAAACAUAAACAAUCAACGAAAUCAGCCAUCGCGAAAAAAGUAGGAAAGAUACUCAAGCAACGAAAUAAGUACCUUUCAGUUCAGCGAAGAACAUCAACUGUUCGUUCGUCAUCAAAACCAGCCGGAAAUAGUAAUAAACAUGCUAGUAAAACUCGCUCAACUGCCACGAAAGGUCACAUCAGAUCUAAAAGCAAACAUUCACGUACGCCAAGAAAAAAUCAUACUGAGAUAUGUGAUGUCCAGUUCGUACCAAAAUUUGAUCCAAGUUCAAGUAAAAACCAUGUACCGGUUUAUCAUCUCAUACGUCAUGCGUUCGGUAACAUGGUUCGUGAAGCGAUUUGUCAAUUGGAUAAGGAUAAAACUGGCGUUAGCUCUCAACAAAUUCUCGAUCAUAUCCUCAAACAUUACUCAUUUCCAAAUAACAUAUCGAAAGGCGCCAUACGUAAUCGAACGUUGUUCACCAUUAACGCAGGUUUACGUGCUGGCACUCUUCUCAGUGUUGGUUCAAACAAAAACAUUCGCAUCGGACGUAUGCGACGUGUCUAUCCACAUAAACUUCGUUAA